CUUAUCUCAAUCAUUCUCACACACAACACACAUUCAUCAAAACCCUUUCUAUUCCAUUUUCCUCCGAUUUUCUUUCUUUCCGUUUUCGUUCCGUCGAAAAUUCCCUAACCAUGCUUCUCAGAGCCGCUGUAACCGCUUCUUCUUCUUCCUCACUUCCUCUCUUCAAUUCUGAAAACUCGCGUUUGGCUCCGAUUCUUCACAGAGGAAGUAAAUUGGACCGAUUGGUUUUUUCCGCCACCAAAGGCUCUAGCAAUAACCGUAUUCUAACCGGUGUUUUAUUUGAACCUUUUGAAGAGGUUAAAAAGGAACUCGAUCUUGUUCCCAUUGUUCCACAAGAUUCUUUAGCUCGUCAUAAGUUUCAUGAUGCAUCUGAAGCUGCUAUCAAUGAACAAAUCAAUGUGGAGUAUAAUGUCUCGUACGUUUAUCAUGCAAUGUAUGCGUACUUCGAUAGGGAUAAUGUUGCCCUAAGGGGUCUUGCUAAAUUUUUUAAGGAAUCUAGUGAAGAGGAAAGGGAGCAUGCUGAGAAAUUGAUGGAAUAUCAGAACAAAAGGGGUGGAAAAGUGAAGUUGCAAUCUAUAGUGAAGCCGCUUUCUGAGUUUGAUCAUGCUGAUAAGGGUGAUGCGCUUUACGCAAUGGAACUCGCACUGUCAUUGGAGAAGCUAACCAAUGAAAAGCUCCUUAACCUGCACAAUGUUGCCUCGAAGAAUGGUGACGUGCAAUUGACAGACUUUGUGGAAAGUGAGUUUUUGGGUGAACAGGUGGAAGCCAUCAAAAAAAUCUCAGAGUUUGUCGCUCAGCUUAGAAGAGUUGGCAAAGGACACGGUGUCUGGCACUUUGAUCAGAUGUUGCUCAACGAGGAAGCAGCUGCAGCUUGAUAAUUACAUUUUUGUCUCCGUUUUCAGUCAUUGUAUCUGUUUUGCUAGAACUAGAAGUUGACACUGAACCGUAGCUGAAUAAAAUUAAUGUGGAAUGUUUUGGGUCAUUGUUAAUUUUCAGUUUAUUUACCUCUUUCUACUUA